GAAAGGUAUUUUUGUAUAAAAAAAGAAAUAAAAAAUAUAGUCUCAACGCGCAUGUAUAAUGCAGGGAGGAGGGUGGUGCCGAGGCCUGCGCUCGUAUGAAGGUGGUGCCUGACGCGGAUGGAGUAGAACUACUUCACUACAGGGAUGGCGCGUUCCACAUUGAGUAUACACGACCGGAGACUUUUAAGUCCAUGACUGCUUUUCUACGUGACCCGCUUGGAGCUCCGCUCUGGGAAGACAGCCCUAGUGCCAGAGACGUCAAACACCUCACAACUGACCAGGAGUUUCGCACGCUGGUCAAGAAUGAAGCGAGGCCCAUUUUCAUCAUGUUUUACGCUCCAUGGUGUGGCGUUUGCAAGACUUUGAUGCCGGCUUUCCAGGAAGCAGCCACGGAGCUUAAAGAAACGCACGUGCUGGCUGGCAUGAAUCUGCACGCCCCAGAGUUUGACGGCAUCAAGCAAGACUUCCGCAUCACAGGAUACCCAACUUUCGCCUAUAUUGAGAAGGGCAGACAUCUCUUCAACUUCGAGAACUAUCAAGCGACCAAGCAGGACAUAGUGUCGUGGCUCCUAAACCCACGGCCCCCACGUCCCCCUGCGGAAAUGGUGCCCUGGUCGCAGGACCCCGACACUCUUGUGCACCACCUGACCGCGAGCACCUUUGGCCCCUUCCUGGGCACGCAUCCCUCUACGCUGGUUCUCUUCUACGCGCCCUGGUGUCCCGUGAGCAGGAAGGUUCGUCCCGAGUAUGAGGCGGCCGCUGCCAUCUUGAAUCCAAGACCUGACAGCCCUGGGGUGUUGGCAGCUGUGGAUGGAGCGACGGAAGUGGGCCUAGUUGAGGCCUAUGGGGUCACGACCCUGCCCAGCCUCUACUACUUCCACGAGGGCCGUCCUCUCUACAACCUGCCCAUGUCCCAUGACCGCAACACCCUGCUCACCUUCCUGCGCAACCCUCAAGACCCACAGAGCUCAGAGUUGCCUUGGGAACAGCGGCCUAGCAGUGUGCAUCACCUAACCAGCCGAGACCUCCGAGACUUCCUCAAGAAGACUAAGCAUGCACUUGUCAUGUUCUACGUGCCAUGGUGCCCACACUCUCAGCAAGCCAUGCUGCAUUUUACAGGAGCUGCUGAACAAUUAAAGGAGGAUAGAAAGAUGGGUUUAGGUGCCAUUGACUGCAGUAAGGCAGGGAAUUCUGAGAUCUGUGGGCAGGAAGGCGUGCAGGAGUACCCCACAUUCCGCUAUUACUCCUAUGGCCGGGCACUGGAACGCUACACUGGCCCACGUGGGGAAUCCGACUUUGUGAACUACAUGAGGAGGCAGCGAGGGAAGGACUAUGAGAAAGUUGGUAAGAAAUCCCACCGUGAUCUGUAAACACGGUCUGGACCACCACUUCCCUUGGAGCAUCUCAACCGGCAUUUCCAAAACCUGUGAUGAGAAGACACAAGUUCAGCAUUUCAAAUGUCAUCUGUUUUGAAUCGGCAUGUAAUGAUUUGAUGAACUGUCACAAUUCGGGGUUCACUAUUUGAUUGAAGAAUCGGUCUUAGUUUCGCAUCGUGUUUGUAUUGUUACUGUACUUGUGUAUCGUUUGGUUUGUACAAUUUGCCCCAGUAGCCCGCUUGUAACACGUAUUAUUUGCAAAAAAACCAUAAUAGAUUCAUCCAUGCUCGAUUCAGUGGUGCAGUGGUUCGUGUAUUGCGCUAUGAAUCCCACGAGUGUGAUUCCCGGUCACGGCUAACAUUGGUGCAGUGAAAUAUUGAUUGGUCUUGCGCCAUGCUCUUACUCCAAACCACAUAGGCCAUCGUGGCGAAGUAUGGUCAGCUGAUCCCUAUGACCUACACAAUGCGGAGAGACCCUUAUCCAGCAGCGAAUUGACAAAGGGCUGUAAAUAACAUACAGUGGUCCUUGUUUAACACCAACCAUUUCCCGAAUGUACUGUCGGCAUGAAUCCUCAAAGAGAAGCGUGAUUCCUUUUCAUCACAGAAAUUGCUGCAGGCAUCGGUAUAAAAAUUAUCCCCUUUUUAUCACAAUCCUUUCUUUUACGAUAAGUGGACUUCUCUCAUCAACAACCACAAAGCCUCCAGCCGUUCAUGACAUGUGAAGUUAACACCGAUAUUUGAGCCAUGUAAAGUUAAUCAUUCCCACUGUUUCAAUGAAUUAUCAUUACUUGGGGCUACGAUUCAUUUUAAAAAGUCAAUCGUUUUGUUGACUAAUUUGUGUUGCCAUUUUCUCUCGUUUGUAUGCCUCAUUUGCAGUUAUGUAUACAAAAUGAGCAUACGUACAACAGCAUAUGAUAUGCGUAUACAGUACUCUUCAUAUAUCAUAAUUUUGAUGCUUACAAUCCGUUGCAGGUAUGGUGAGUGUAAGAAAUGUGUUUGAUCAGUGAACCGAUGUUUCAUUACGGUAUUUAUCAUCACAUAUUCAGUCAUCAGGCCUUUGGACGUAAAUAAAAUUGCGAGAUAAACUUUUCAUCAUGAUGGUUAUUUCUUUGGACGGUCAUUGUUGACCAGGUUGAGACAUUCCAACUUGCUGCACCCAAGAUUCUUGUUUUGCCAUUACAGUACGUGGUCUCUCCAUGGUUCAAACCCACGUGUAAUGAUCUAGGGGUUGACAGUCAUUUUGACAAGCCUAAAAAACACGGAUUCUGAAGGUGUUCGAGUUUUGUUUUUCCAAAUAUAAGUUAUUUCUGUCCUGAUUUUGGAAUAAAACAGUUGACAAAUACAAAAGUGUUACUC